AGGCAGAAACACAUGGGUUUGCCUUUAUAAACAUGUCACCUUCUUCCGAAUGAGCAUUAUUUUAAUAAUUGGUCUUCCAACUGCUCGUGAUUCCAAAUACAUAUAUAGUUACAUACUCUGCCAAACAUUUAUAAGUAUACUAAUCUCGAUGCCUCGUUAGUGGCCAAUUGGAUCUAAUCUAGAAAUUACAAUUAUUAUUCAUUGAGUCUUGGAGGAGUGCCUCAGAAAUGGCUAACCAAGACAAGCAACACAAGAGAGCGUUCAUGUACAUUUACAAAGGUGGCACAGUAAACCAGAGAAAGAAAGAGUUGGAGCAUGGUGUGGGACAGGACAAGAAAUCCAAAUCACGCAGUUGGUUGCACAGGAUUUCAAGAACUCGAAUUUUUAAUGAUGGCCACAGAGACUUGGACAUUGGAGCAAGAGGAGAAGGAGAAUUUGUUGAAGCAAGGAAAUCAAUGUCUUGCUUGGAGUUAGGAUCACCAGCAGGAGGGUAUGUUGAGGGAAGAAAAUCGGUGUCUUUCAUAGAGGCAGCAGCAUCACCAGCCGCGAUUGGAAGCAUAGUUGAGGAGAGAAGAAAGUCAGUGUCCCACAUCGAGAAGAACUUUGCAGUAGCGGGAAUGGUUGAAGCACGAAAGUCGGUGUCCCACAUCGAAACGUUGUCCUCUGUGAUUGCGUAUCUUCAAGUUAAGGUUUUGGUCUCGGACAUGCCAAGCUUCAUGCAAGUGCAUGCCUUUCGUUGUGCGAGAAGGACUUAUGAUAGCUUGGAGAAGUUUAGCGCAAAACACAUCGCUCAUAACAUAAAGAAGGAAUUUGACAAAGCGUAUGGUCCGGUCUGGCAUUGCAUUGUAGGCUCAAAUUUUGGUUCAUUCGUGACACACUCAACGGGGUGUUUUCUUUAUUUUUCUAUGGAAAAUUUAUAUAUACUACUGUUCAAGACCAAAGUUAAGAAGGCGUUGGAUUAAGGUGCAUGUAAUUAUACAUAUAAGAUUUAGCAACGACUUUUUAUGCUGGCAAAAUUUGUAUUCAUCAUUUCGAUCAGAUGUCUUGUCUGUACAUGAAAAUUAAAAUGUAAUCAAGUUUCAUUCAUACAAAUAUUCAUGUCCUCUUUUGGUUUUGCA